UGGUGCGAUGUGGUUCGAGAUCCUGCCCAGGAUCGACCUCACGGCCACGUGCUUGGUCACCCCCGGCACAGCCGCGGCGCACACCCGCAGGUCCAGUACCGGGGGCAAGGAGAAACCAGUUGCUUAUUACCCAUGUCAGUGGAGUUUGCUGCAAAGAGACAGGCUCAUCUCUGGAGUUAAUUGUUACUACGUGUCAAAGGGUUUGGAGAAUAUCAGUUAAGGAAACAUUUUCCUGAUUGAUGAAAAAUGACUCGGUCACGCCCACCUAGCCCUUCUAGAAAGUGACGCAGCAUAUUAACGUA